GGCAUCCCGUCCACCACCUCUCUCCUGACCUAUGCUACAAAAGAUCUUCCGGGGGCUGCACCUGCCUGCUGUCGCCUGAGACGGAUUUGAACAAUCUUAUCUUGGCUUUGGACCUUAGAAGAGAAUCACUGAGUGAGUAAGCAGGCAUUUUGGACAACUGACUGGUUGAGCCCAUCCCUGUUAGAAAAAUGUCUCAGAGCAACCGGGAGCUGGUGGUUGACUUUCUCUCCUACAAGCUUUUCCAGAAAGGAUACAGCUUGAAUCAGUUUAGCGAUGUGGAAGAGAACAAGACUGAGGCCCCAGAAGGGACUGAGUCGGAGAUGGAGACCCCCAGGGCCAUUAAUGGCAACCCAUCCUUGCACCUGGAGGACAGCCCUGCGGCGAAUGGAGCCACUGGCCACAGCAGCAGUUUGGAUGCCCGGGAGGAGGUCCCCAUGGCAGCAGUGAAGCAUGCACUGAGGGAGACGGGUGAGGAGUUUGAACUGCGGUACCGGCGGACAUUCAGUGACCUGACAUCCCAGCUCCAGAUCACCCCAGAGACAGCAUAUGAGAGCUUUGAACAGGUAGUGGACGCACUCUUCCGGGAUGGGGUAAACUGGGGUCGCAUUGUGGCCUUUUUCUCCUUCGGCGGGGCCCUGUGCGUGGAAAGCAUAGACAAGGAAAUGCAAGUGUUGGUGAGCCGGAUCAUAACUUGGAUGGUCACUUAUCUGAAUGACCACCUAGAGCCUUGGAUCCAGGAGAACGGCGGCUGGGACACUUUUGUGGAACUCUACGGGAACAAUGCAGCAGCCAAGAGCCGGAAAGGCCAGGAACGCUUCUACCGCUGGUUCCUGAUGGGUAUGACUGUAGCUGGUGUGGUUCUGCUGGGCUUGCUCUUCAAUAGGAAAUGACCAGACACUGACCAUCCACUCACCCUCCCAUCCCUUGCCCUGCCCCCACCACAUCACUCCGUCCAGCCGCACUGCCACCAGGAGAACUACUACAUGCAGCCCUGCCCGCCCACCCACCCAUCACUGGCUUGGGCCUACACCUGGUCCCCUGCAACUAGUUUUCUAGAAUUUACCACGCUUCGGUGAGAGCCACCUUCCCCCCCAAACACACACACAUCUCAGUUCUCUCAGCCUUGAAAUCCACAAAGUCCCCAAAAUCUGCCCCAUGGAGGCUGGUAGAUACUGGAGGGCUUGU